GCAGAAAGCAAAAUGAACAACCAUUUACAGAGGGAAACUAAAGGUCAGUUUCUUAUAGAUCACAUCUGCAACUAUUACAGCUUGCUGGAAAAAGACUAUUUUGGCAUUCGAUACGUUGACCCUGAGAAGCAGAGGCACUGGCUUGAGCCCAACAAAUCUGUCUUCAAGCAGAUGAAGUCUCAUCCGCCAUAUACCAUGUGCUUCAGAGUGAAAUUCUACCCACAUGAGCCCUUGAAGAUUAAAGAAGAGCUCACCAGAUACCUCUUAUAUCUACAAAUAAAACGAGACAUUUUCCAUGGCCGGUUGCUGUGUUCUUUUUCUGAUGCUGCCUACCUGGGUGCCUGUAUUGUCCAAGCUGAGCUUGGUGAUUAUGAUCCAGAUGAACACCCAGAGAAUUACAUCAGAGACUUUAAGAUUUUUCCCAAGCAAUCACAAAAGCUCGAGAAGAAAAUAGCUGAAAUGCAUAAAAAUGAAUUCAGAGGCCAGAGCCCAGCUGUUGCUGAAUUUAACUUGCUCCUGAAAGCAUAUUCUUUGGAAACUUAUGGUGUUGAUCCUCAUCCAUGCAAGGACUCAACAGGAACAACUACAUUUUUAGGAUUCACAGCUGCAGGAUUUGUAGUUUUCCAGGGGAAUAAAAGAACUCAUUUGUUAAAAUGGUGUGAUGUUUAUAAACUGAAAUUUGAAGGGAAGACUUUUUAUGUGUCUGGAGCUCAGAAAGGGAAAAAGGCCGUACUGACAUUCCAUACCUCUACACCAGCAGCCUGCAAGCAUCUUUGGAAAUGUGGGGUGGAGAACCAGGCUUUUUACAAGUAUGCAAAAUCCAGUCAGAUCAAGACCAUGUCCAGCAGCAAGAUAUUUUUUAAAGGCAGUAGAUUUCGAUACAGUGGGAAAGUAGCCAAAGAAGUUGUGGAGGCAAGCUCUAAAAUCCAGAGGGAACCUCCAGAAGUUCACAGAACCAUCAUUACCCAGAGUCGGAGCUCUCCCUCAUUGAGCAAGCAACUCAUAAUCAACAUGGAACCCCUGCAGCCUCUUCUUCCUUCUCCCUGCGAGGAGGAAGAGGUAUUUUUAGAUGAGGGUAUCCAACUGCCAAGGGAAGAUGAGAUUUCCAUACCUGUGACUUCAAGUUCCCCAAUUAAGGACACUGAGGAGAAUGUUGAUCUUGCCAUUGAACAGGAAGAGGAGAUGAAAGAGGAACCUUUAACCAUUUCAGAACUGAUAUACAAUCCUAGUGUCAGCUUGCUGCCCACCCCUGUUGAUGAUGAGAUUGACAUGCUCUUUGAUACCUGUCCAAGAGUAGAGAAUGAGAAAGAUGAUACAGAUUCAUUUGAGGAACUGGAAGCAGAUGAAAAUGCAUUUUUGAAUGCAGAGGAGGAAGAACUGAAAGAAGCUCGGAGAGCACUUACGUGGAGCUAUGACUUUCUAAUGGGCAACAUAGAGGUGAAUGCCUUUGUGAAGAGUUUCUCUAGACUUCUCCUUGUAGGCUUUGGACUGUUGUUGUUUGUGUUCCCUCUUUUCCUUGUCCUCUUGGAGUCGGACCUUCAGAUUUCCCUUCUCCAUGAAAUACGUCAGACGCCGGAGUUUCAGCAGUUUCAUAUUGAGUAUUACUGCCCCCUUAGGCAGUGGGUGGCUUGCAAAAUAAACUUCAUUUCUGACAUGCUGGGCAGCUUUUGA